AUGCCCCCCAAACGGAAGCGCUCUGGCGACGAGGAAAAUGAGGCCAAAGAUGAAUCGCAAAAGGGCUACGCCUAUCUGAAACCCCAAGUUCGUCGAGUUCCUGAAAAGACAAUCAAAUCGAAAUGGACAACCCUCCCCGAGCCGGUCCAGGACAAGGUCCGAGAGAUGUUCCAUGCGCUUGAACGUCCGGUGGUCAUGCGCCAGUCGAAUGAACGCAAGCGAAUCGAGGCGCAAAGCGCAGUCCAAGCCGUUGUGCGAAAUCUUGCCAAGCGGCUGCCACGAAUGCCAUUCCCGCCUAUUACCAACGGCUCGAACUUUGACUAUGAGUCUGCUCUCGAUGAACACCGAACCCUUGAAGCGAGUCUGGCCACAUUUAAAGAUAGCACCGACCUUCUUAGAGCCGAAAUUGCGAAAGAAGAAGCACUCCUUGCCAAUGAAAAGAAGGAGCUCCAGACUAUGGACAAAAACGCCAAGCGAGCAGUGGCUGAGCGAAAGAGGCAGUCAAAGAAUGAACACCCUGUUCUCAGACAGCUGGAUGAUCUCCCCCAGGACUCCGGGUCUUCUGGAUUUGCACUGGUUGAUACUAAGCCGGACCAGGCAGCAUUGGAUGAGCUCGAAACCGACCCUGAAAUCCAGGCACUGAUGAAGCAAUUACACGGUCACCUCCAAUCUAUGCAGACCAAUACUGCUCCGCUUAUGGGACUGAGAGACGCAAUCACUCGGUCGCAAGCUGCACUGGACAUUUUUGCGGGAUCUGAUGAUUGA